UGUGCCUAGUGUUACAUUGUAACUACCUAACUACCUAACUAACUAAUGGAAUGAUAAUAGUUUAGGUGUUACUAUGUACUUUUAAUGUCAUUAAAAUAUUCCCUUAGUGAUAAUAAUCAAAUAACUCAUAUAAAUAGACCAUAGAUACUAGAUAUUGAAUUAUACAAAAUGAAUAAUCUAAAAUUAUUAUUAUUAUUAUUCUAUAUAAGUUUUUUAUUCUAUUUUCAUUAUUUUAUUCAAUCUACAAUGACUUAUACCAUUGAACAAUCAUCAGUCAAUCAUAUUUAUAUUAAACUAAAAGACAUAGAAGAACAAAACAAUCUAUGGAAGAAUAAACUAAAUCAUGAGAAUCAAUCACAAUUAUUCAUGAUAAGUCCAGUAAGACCUGGGGUUUGGAAGAAAUCUAAACGAAAUAAUAAACAUAAACGUAAUAAAAAUCGUCGAAAACUUAAUCGUCAAAAGAAAAUCAUACGUUAUCUAUAAAAAAACUAGUAUUCUACAUGAACUAAUUUACUACUUAAAUGUUAUUUACUACUUAAAUGAAUUUUCAUUUUAUAUAUUGACAAAUAACGAUACUACUUGUAAGUUUGAAUAUAUAUAUAUAUAUAUAUAUA